AUGCAUUAUUUCGACCAUGUAUUCCCGUGGCAAUUCCCAUAUCAUAACUCACACUCGCGCACCGGCAACCGAGGAUGGCUACUCCAGCUGCUGACCAAACGUGGUCCCUUGUACCAUGCCGCCAUUGGUCUAUCCUCUUUGCAUCAGAGUGCUACACGAGGUAUAGACGAGAGCUACCUCCAGGAUCAAAAAGUCUUUGACCAUCAUUCAACUGCACUACAGGAGCUUUGCGAGUUUUUGCGCUCCGAAAAGGCUACGGAGUUUCACCAAGACGAGCAACUUCUCACCGAGUUCCUUGCUUGCAGCAUCAUGCUGUUGAGUUUCGAGGUUCUGAGGGGAGGAAUAUCGAACUGGCAGCCUCAUCUCAACGCUGUACUCAGCACAAUCAAGUCGAUGUCCCCGGCAUCCUUCAUCGCUAUAGAGAACAGUAAGCCCGACAGAAUCUGCAGCCCACCGAACGGUGUUACCCAAUUAUCAAAUAAUGGGGCCAGUGCAGGACUGGAGUUCCUAUUCGCGAAUGCCUUGUGGUUCGAUAUUUUUGCGUGUGUAUCAACGGGUGGUACACCCGUUCUGCCGUACAGGUCUUGGCUGGCCAUUGAACAGCUCAAAAUGCAGGACGUAAUGGGCUGUGACAACUGGGCGUUGGCUUUAAUUGGCGACAUCACACAUCUGCGAGAGUGGAAAGAUGACAUGGAUAAGAAGGGACUCUUGAGUGUUCGCGAGCUUGUGAGCAAAGGGCAGGCUAUUGAAUCCGAGCUGGAGGAGAAGAUCGGUAUUUUAUAUUCAAGCAAAGACGGGGUAUGA